CUUGACUCAUCUGCACUGCAGGAGAGAGAAAAAAACCGAGCCAGUCCGUUUCAACAUCAUUCGCCCCUUCCCACUUGAAAGAAACCCACAAUCACAUUGCACCUCACAGGCUCACAGAGAGCGGCAGUAGCCAGCCCACCUCAGCGACAGGACCCCCUGUUCCGUUAGAUCACUGCCCUGCACCGCUCCUGCACAAAAAAGCAACCCACCACAGCCACACCUUAGAGCCCAAAGCCCAAAAGCACCACCAUUUUUUGUUCGGGGGGCGCUUUCCAAACGCACAAUAAAGCCCACCGCCCACUUUCGCACUUCCUUUCGACAUCUCGCUCUCUCUCCCACUUCCAACCAACCCACCCCCCUUCACAUCCUACCUAUACCGCUGAGAACCGGAAUUCUCACGAGUAGUCAAGAUGCCCAAGAACAAGGGAAAAGGAGGAAAGAACCGCAGACGUGGAAAGAACGAGUCUGACCACGAGAAGCGUGAGCUCACCUUCAAGGAGGAUGGCCAAGAAUACGCCCAAGUCGUGAAGAUGCUCGGCAACGGCCGCCUCGAAGCCCAGUGCUUCGACGGCGUCAAGCGCCUCGCCAACAUCCGCGGCAAGCUCCGCAAGAAGGUCUGGAUCAACCAGGGCGACAUCAUCCUCCUCUCCCUGCGCGAGUACCAGGACGACAAGGGCGACGUCAUCCUCAAAUACACCGCCGACGAGGCCCGUUCCCUCAAGGCCUACGGCGAGCUCCCCGAGUCCGCCAAGAUCAACGAGACGGAUACCUACGGCGCCGAGGGCGACGGCGACUGCAACUUUGAGUUUGACGACGACCGCGACUCGGAGGAGAGCGAGGACGAGGGCGCCGCUGGUGGUGCCGGCAAGAAGGAGGUUGAUAUUGAUGACAUUUAAACACAUCAGAGUGUUGAGACAGAAUGCCCCGAAACCUUCCCACUUCUCAAUUUCUUAUCCGUCUUUCCUACCGCUAGACGGCGAGAGGUGGGAACGCUGUCUUCUCUCUCUCAAACACUGCGGCCGUUACAUUCUGUUAUCGGCUGUAGGGUUCCGCGACAGUCAAGGUGUCAAGGGUGGUGCGUUGGACGGGCCAUGGUGGGAGAGACGUCAUGGCUUGUCAAAUCAUCAGAACGAUAGAUCUUACCUCUUUGCGCUUGAGUAAUUAAAUUUCAUUUUGGUCAGUGGCUUUGCGCCGCUCGCCAAAGUUCAUCAUA